AUGGACCGCGUCACCCGCUCGAAAACUCGUAGUCCAAAGCGUUCGCCAGAGUCCACACGAUCGCCGUCCUGUGAGUCCUGCGAAUACAGUAAUGCAACUAUCGUCGAGGAACAGCUGCGUCAAAUGCAGAAGCAGCUGAAUGAGAUCAGCAUCAUUCCGAUGCAGAUUCAAGCGACGCUUAGCUACCUUACGAAAGCUCUAGCGAAAUUUGCGCCACCGGAAUUGCAACGGGAACUUUCGGUUUCAUUGCGUAGCAGCUCGGUUAGGGAAACUAUCCCCGAAGAAGUCGAAGAGCAGGAGCAAGAGUCGGAAGAUGAAACGGAAGAUCUGACUGAAUGCUUGGAACUGAUGUUUGACGAGUCGCAAGUGUUGGAAGUUGUUCCACCGAGGGAUUUUGAGUUUGAGAAUCAUUCACAGGAUGAUUCUGGCGAGGAAUUAGAAGAAGGGCAAAACGUGGAUGAAGAAGAACGGCUAAAGCAGGAGAAGCUCGAGCGUGUUAUUAAACUGGAGCGAUCAUGGCCUUGGAGUCAAACUGCCAAACCGAUUCAUAAGAGAUCAAACUGCCAUCUUGUGCCAAGUGUGGCCUUGGAAAAAUCGAAAAUAAAGCAACUCACCGAAGGAGAUCUGCCAUUCUACAAACGUGGUUACCGUCAACGGUUUGGAAAUUAA